GCACGUCACUGACGGUUCGUUGAGGCUCAUCACGACGUCAUCCAGAGGCGCCGGAAGAGGUGCUGUACAAACGGAGUAACGUGCAUGCAAGGAUCUAUCACUUGAGAGCGAUGAUGCGGGUGUGCUGGUUGGUGAGACAGGACAGCCAGCACCAGCGAAUCAAACUUCCACAUUCAGAAGCAAUUGUGAUUGGGCGUGGCCCAGAAACCAAGAUCACUGAUAAGAAAUGUUCUCGACAGCAAGUACAGUUGAAAGCAGAGUGUAACAAAGGUUACGUCAAAGUAAAGCAGGUAGGGGUCAAUCCCACCAGCAUUGACUCAGUCAUAAUUGGAAAGGACCAAGAGAUGAAACUGCAGCCUGGCCAGGUUCUCCACAUGGUGAAUGAACUUUAUCCGUAUAUUAUAGAGUUCGAGGAAAAGACAAAGAGCCCUGGCCUAGAAACACACAGGAAGAGAAAGAGGUUAAGCAACAGAGAUUUUAUAGAAAGGGAUGCUGCUCAGGAAGCUGCCUCUGGGACAGGGCUGGAACCUGAGAGCAGUCCCAACCAAUGCUGUGUGGCCCCAAAGAAGGGGAAAGAUGGAUCUACCAAAAAGAAACCACUGAGCCAUUGGAGUCAAGGCUUGAAGACGUCUAUGCAGGACCCCAAAAUGCAGGUUUACAAAGAUGAGCAUGUGGUGGUGAUUAAGGAUAAAUACCCUAAGGCCCGUUACCACUGGCUGGUCUUACCAUGGGCCUCCAUUUCCAGUCUGAAGGCUGUGACUAGAGAACAUCUUGAACUCCUCAAACAUAUGCACACUGUAGGAGAAAAGGUGAUGGCAGAUUUUGCUGGAUCCAGCAAGCUCCCCUUCCGAUUGGGCUACCAUGCCAUUCCCAGCAUGAGUCAUGUACACCUUCAUGUAAUCAGUCAGGAUUUUGAUUCUCCUUGCCUUAAAAGCAAAAAGCAUUGGAAUUCUUUCAAUACAGAAUACUUCCUAGAAUCACAAGCUGUGAUCCAGAUGGUACAAGAGGCUGGCAGAGUGACUGUCAGAGAAGGGACAUCUGAGCUCUUGAAGUUGCCCCUUCAUUGUCAUGAGUGCCAGCAGCUGCUGCCUUCCAUUCCUCAGCUGAAAGAGCAUCUCAGGAAGCACUGGAUGAAGUGACUCUGCAGAGCCUGAACUAAUGCCACAAGCAUAGCCAAUUGGAGUGAACUGCUGGCAUCCAUUCUGGGUUGCUUGUGAAUGUCUACUCAUUUCCUGAAUUAAAACAUGCAGCUGUUUUUGUUUUUUUUUAAACAAAGUUUAUUCUUAAGUGUCCACAAUGUAGGGUGACUCAGAAUAACUCAGGAAUUAGGAAUUUGGAUUUUCCAUGGAUGUGUUCUCUGAUAAGGGUGGCAGGGACAUACCUGAGCACCAUGUCCAGGACCCAUGUCAGGUCUAAUGGGAGGGGAAGUAAGGCCACAUUCAGACUCACCUGAUAGUGCAGGAUAUAGAAGCAGCGAGCUAUAUAUGUUAUAUAUAUAUUAUAUGUUGUUUUUGGUUUUUGAAAGUUUGCCUUUAAUAAGUAAUUUCAACAAAAAUAAAAGCAAAAAUUUCUCUUUUUUUUGUUAUA